AUUACGUCUGUCUUGACCGUUGUCUUUUCGGAGCAGGCAUUUAGGAAUGUGGAGACCAGCAGCUACGUCACCCUCAAAUCGCCUGGGAUCUCCUCGAAAAUAAACUUUUUUAAAGGCCACGAAUUAAAAUCAUAAUCUUCCAGCAACGGGGGUGGAACCGGAGAGGAGUGACGGCUCUUUGAUCUGUUUCUUCGAGUAAAGGCAAAACCAGUCGAAGAUGCCAUUUCAUGAGGGAGUCUACUACCCAUACACCAGUGACACCCAGGGGACCCACUCGUCAGCCGGGAUCCCCUCUCUUUUGAAUUCUCCUCUCAGCCAGAACAUUGUAAACGGCCACACAGCAUCAUCUGCACCAGGCAUGACUCCGUCCAGCACCACCUCCACCUUUCUCCCUUUCAAGUUCCGCCCACGCAGAGAAAGCGUGGACUGGCGGCGGAUCAAUGCAGUGGAUGUAGACUUAGUAGUGAGCCAGCUGGAUGUGGAUGCCCUUCAGGAGCACAUCAGCAUGGUGACCUUCUGCAGCUUGGAGGGGGAGCGAUGCCAGCGGUGCCAGACCCCCGUGGACCCAGCUCUGCUGAAGCUCUUGCGCCUUGCUCAGCUCACGGUGGAGUGGCUCCUCCACUGCCAGGACUUUCUCUCCCUCAAUCUGCGUGCGGCGGAGGAGAGACUGUCGGCCAUCGCCAGGGAGCGUGAGCAGCUGCUGGUUCAGCAGAAGAAGCAGGAGGAGAAGGUGAAGGCGCUGACUGCAGAGCUCAAGCAGCGAAAGAAGGUUAUUCGCACCCAGCAGUCGCUGCUCGCCCCACGAAUCAUCAGCAGCCACAAGUGCCUGCAUUGUGAGAAAUCGUUCCUCAAUGCCUCCUUUCUGCAGAAUCACAUGCAGCGGAGGCACCCUGAUGAGUACGAGAGCAAACCACCUUUUGCUGCCGAGGAGAUGGCGCGCAUGGACAGAAAGAUAGAAGACAGCAGGGACGGCAUGCGCAGAGAGAUGGAAUUUCUUUACAACCGAAAUAUUCAGGCUCUCAAUGAAGUAAAUCAGAAUCAGACAGCCAAGCCUGAAAGGUCAAUCAGCCCUGUGCACUCACAGCCAGAGAGAGAUGUGGACAUGUACAAAGAGACGCCGAUCCAAGCCAUCCAAAAGAUGGAACACCAGCUGAAGAAACAGGAUAAGAAGUGGGAAUCCAGACUGCAAGAAAUGAAGGUUCAACACGAGUCUGAAAAGAAUCAGCUGCUGAAUGAGCUGAGCAAAAUGCAGUCGUCUUUAUCGGAGUACCAGGAGCAAAGCCAGAGGCAGCAGCAGGAGAUGAGGAAGAGGCUGCAGGAAAAGGAGCAAACCAUCAAGGCUCAGAGGGAGCAGAUAAAGACCAUUUCCUCAAAUCCACCUAUAAAAGUAGCUGAAGUACCAGUCACUGUCAGUCCUCCGGCUUGGGAGCCUAAACAAAGAAGAGUUGUAGUCGAGGAGCCAGUCUCUGUUCUUAAGCUGGAUCCUAUUCAGGAGGUGUCAGAAGAGGAGAAAGACUCGAGCAGCCAGUCAGACAGAAAGGUGGUGGAGAAGAAGCCUGAGCCGGCUCCAGAGAAGAAGCCAAGGGUGAACACGAGCGCUUUGAAAAGGAACUCCAACAUAAAGAGAGAGAUACAAGCAGAGCUUGAACAGGCUCUGAUCAAGAAGCUGGAGAACUUGGGGGUCAAGCCUGAUCAGAGCGGUCUAAAGAACAAGGAGCUCACUGCGAUUCUGUCCAAGCUGGAUUCAAAGCGGGAGAGUGUUGCAAAGUCGAUGUCUGGCUACUGGAACCACCGGGAAGAGAUAAAGAGCAUUGUGGAGCAGAAGCUGGGUGCUCAAAGCACCAGCAAUCCUGCUGCAUACUCUCAGCCUAGAUCCAGACACCCUGUUCAAGUGUUGCAGAUCCGCCCUCGCUCCAGCAGCCUGCCCUCCAGAGCCAGCCAGGGGGCGUCUGCUUCUGCAAUCAGACAGCCUAAGACCCCUCAGCCAGCACCAAGGACCAAGGCCACCGCCCAACUCAAGACCUCUACGCCCAACUCCAAGACAGCCUUAAAGAGCUUUGCUACCAAUGUGCUGUUAAGCCCCAGUGCCUGCAGCCAGGUAAUGGAAAACAAAAUCAGUGACCUGGCGAGAAAAAUGGAGAAGCAGUUUGCUGAGAGAGCAGUCAAGAAACCACCAGGUGGCGUUAGUGUCUUACCAGAGAGGGCGGAUGAGGUUCAGGAACUCAGUUACACAGAUCUAGAGGAGAGCAGCGAGUGGAUGGUCUCCUCCUUAGAGGACCGACGGGAUGUGUCAAAACCAGCCCAGGAUUCAGGACCAAUGAGGAAAAGCCUGGAAUCACGAAGCACCAGUGUCUGGGGAACCUCCACAGAGAAGGGUCCUAAAUCAGGUCUAACUGAAGCUGGAACAGGAAGCACGCUAAAGAGCAGCCUGUGCUCCCUGAGUGACAUCAGUGACUCUGAGGACAUCAGCUGAUCACACAAAGAAACCUCAGCCACCUCCUCUGACAACUACUAUCAAUCAUAAAAAGCCAUAUUAUAGAAGCUGUAAAUAGAGGAAAGCAAUAUUUCACAAAGGUAGCUAGGAUUCAGAGGUUGGCAUAGAAAAGGUGGCCAUCUAAUCAAUACCAUAGACCUCGAAACUCUCUUCUUGCCUUAGUCUUUUUUACUGUUUAUCUUUUAAUAGAUUGUCUUCUGUUUUUCUUAUUUCUUUUUUUACUUAUAUACAAUCCAAACUUUAAAUGAGAUACUGAUUUUGGUACUGUAUGUAGAGUGUGUAUGAUUUUGUAUAUCCCAUUUUAUAAUGUAUGUGACUUUGUAAAUAAAAUAUUUAUACAAGCA